CCAUCUGCUCGAUAUUUACUCGCCAAUCGAUUUUCAGUGUAUGCUUGUUGAUGUCAUGGUCAUAUAUUGCUGCUACAACUUCUACUGCUUCUUCCGUACCUUCGCAUUCUCCCACUUGAGCCUCACGUACUCCAAUUCAUGAUUGGACUGGCUUCACCAUGACUAUCCUGAACGACCAUCCCAUUCUCGUGGCCGUGGUGGUGCUAUUGUUCUCCUAUGUCGUAAGAGUAAUCUACAACACCGUCCAGAUGCGCAGGUUUAUGCGGGACAAGCCCGGUCCUCCUCAUCACCCAAUCUUCGGCCAUCUACAAGCCAUGGGCGAGAUCUCCCAGGCUCUGCCUAAAAGGGUACAUCCCCAUGUCUUUGCAUAUCACCUCCAAAAGAAAUACAACCUCGGCCAGGUGUUCUAUCUUGAUCUAACACCUGUUUCUGAUGCCAUGAUCAUCAAUCUUAGCCCAGAGGCUGGACAAGACAUUGCGCAGAACAGUGGCUUGCACAAACAUCCAAAAGUCGGGAAAUUUCUUGAUCCCCUGCUAGGAGAGGGAAAUAUGGUUACCAGCGACGGCGCCCAAUGGAAGAAGUGGAGGAGUGUGUUCAAUCCAGGCUUCGCGCUACAACAUCUCAUGACGCAGGUCCCUCUGAUCGUAGAUUGCACGAACAUUUAUGUCCAAAACCUCGAGAAGCAGGUGGUCAAGGGCGAGGUUUUCCGCUUGGAAGAUGAAGCGACAAAAGUAACCAUCGACAUCAUCGGCAAGGUGGUCUGCGACUUUGAGUUCAAAACACUCACCGCCGAUAGUCUGUUCUUGGAUUAUAUGAGGAAAGCCCUCUCAUGGAUGCCCGAUACACAGUCCUUCAAUCCCUUCCACAUCUACAAUCCCAUUCGUCCGCUCAUGUUGAGAUACUACAAAUGGCGUUUGGACCAAUUUAUCGGUAGCAUCCUCGACGAGCGUUUCUCCACCCGCAGCACCAGCGAGCCCAAGACCCGUAGGAAGGCCGGAAUCGAUCUCGCCCUGGAGAGCUGGUUCAAGGAGAAUGCGGGGCAAGACGUCGACUCCAAGACAGCGACCAUGGACCCUGAAUUCCGCAAGUAUGCCAUCAACCAGCUGAACACGCUUGUCUUUGCAGGCCAUGACACUACUGCGUCAACAAUAUGCUACGCCUACUACCUCCUUGGCAAGAACCCCUCCGCUCUAUUCAAGAUCCGAGCCGAGCUAGACAGCAUCUUCGGACCCGGUGUGAAUGCGAGCUCGCAGCUCGUAUCCGACCCGUACCUCAUCAACAAAUGUGAAUAUGUUUUGGCCACCGUCAAAGAAACCCUCCGCAUGUUCGGCCCUGCCUCAACAGCUCGCAUAGGCCGUAGGGAUUACUUCAUUCGAGACCCAGACACGGGGACAAUGUUUCCCACGGACGAUCUUCUCGUCUGGACCCCUUCGUCCUCCAUGGGCCGCUUACCCAACCUCUGGCCAGAGCCAGAUAAGUUCAAUCCCGACCGUUUUAUGCCUGAUAAUGCGGACAAGGUUGUACCAAACGCCUGGCGACCCUUCGAAAAGGGGCCGCGCAACUGUAUCGGCCAGGAGCUUGCCAUGCUGGAAUUGAAGAUCAUGCUUGCGCUUACGAUUCGCGAAUUCGACAUCUGUGGCGCAUUCGAUGAACUGAAGGAAUUGGAGGACGAUGGAAGUCUCUGGACAAAAGAUAGCUCUUUUCAGACGGGCCCGCAACAAUGUUAUGGGGAUCCUGCGUAUCAGGUCCUACUUGCGGCUGCUAAACCUCGGGAGGGCAUGCCAGUCAGGAUCACGAAGAGAGCGAUGAGGUGAGUUGGACGAAUUGCAGGCUACCAAGGCAUGGGAAUAACAUUUUGCAGAAAGGACAAUUGAGGCACAUCUCGAUUUUCUGCAGUUUAGUUUACUCUCCAGUCAUGGUCACAGCUUUGGCCGUAGGCAAUUUGGAGCAAUCUCUAGUUUUCACUGCUUAGCAUAGCCUGCUGCGUGGCUACCGCAAUCGAGUGGGAGGCUGUUGCGAUAACUGUCGAAGGCCGUCAGUCUGAUAAUCCCAAGCGGCUUUACCUCAGGUGGGAUGGGUUAGGUUAUGCAUCCAGUCACUCUAAACAACAUGUUGAUUCCACAUAUGGUCCACUACCAACAGUUCCCAUUGCCACUACCCGAGGUCUUCCCUCUCUUCCU